CGGUUUUCAGCUGAAGCAUCUGGAGUUCUUUCACCCUAGGUCCCCUAGGUUGACGCCUCAAUUCUCGUCACAAAUAUAAAGAAUCUAAUUUUUCUCUUCACUUUUGAUAGUGCAUUUUAGCAAAAAUGGCAGACUCAAAGUAUGCUGAUUUGCCAGGAAUUGCCUACGAUCAACCUGACGUUUACGAAACGGAGGACCUGCCAGAGGCAGAUCAAAAUCUGGAUGCUCCCGAGGAGGACAAUGAGUUUAUCGACAAGCCCAACUUGAAUGUGGACACGGCCUUUGGAAAGUUCCGUGGCAAAAUCUUGAUUUCCGACAGAGUGGAUUUUUCCGACAGACUCAGCAGAAACAUUAGAACUGGAUAUGAUGCUUUGUCCUGCGAAUUCGAAUUAGUUGGUCGAGGAGAAAAUGAAACUCCGAUACAAAAAUUCCAAAGGCUGCAGUGCGAAAUCACCGAGCUUGGGGAAGAAAUCAACAAGCUUAAGGGUUCUGCUAAAGAAGAUGGAUCUGCUGUUCCUUCUGCGGUUCAAGUGCAAAAUUUAAUGCAGCAGUUGACUGAAUUGCGUCUGGAAGAGCAGCUUGGAUCUGAGCUUGUAGCUAGCUUGGCCGAUCCUCAGGGAGCAGAGCUCCGAAAACUGCUGGCUCAGAUUGAACUGACAAAGUCUGCACCAGUUGAGGGCAAAAAGCCAGGAGGCGACACCAAGUUGUCCUCCAAGGCUCCCGCCUCCUAUGAAUUGCUUUUCAAACCAGAGCAGAUGAAGUUGCAGCAAACGGCUCGAGUUGCACAAUUGGAGCAAAGGCUGCACGCUCUGGAGACAUCAGUUGGAGAUGUGCCCAAUAAACUGAGUCGUCUGUCAAGUGACACAAAUACCAUGUGUCUGGCCGCAGCCGUGCAGCACCUGAGCAGAAAAGCAAGUUUGCUCGACUCUGCCCAAUUAGACCACAUUGAAGGACGGCUGACAGCUUUGUCCACGAAGAUGAACCAACUGGCCGAGCAGAGUAGUGCUUCCAAGGAGGAGAACCAUCAAGACAAAAAAGUUUCGGAGAUGUAUGAUUUGAUUGUGAAAUGUGAGCAAAUGACGGCCUCCCUUCCUGAUAUUGCGCAACGACUGGCUGCGAUCCAUUCCCUUCAUGAACAGGCUCUGACCUUCAGCAAGACACUAGCUCAGUUAGGAACCUUGCAAGAGCAAAUCUCUGCCAGCCUUGGUGGUAAUGAGGUGCAGCUGAAAGAAGCCCAGAAAGCAUUUUCCCAGAACUUGGAGAUCGUGAAGAAAAACAUGGAAGGCCUUGAUGCCCGCAUUGCGGCUUUGAAAAAGAAAUAGUGUCCAGUAUUGCGUGUCCCUUCCCUACCAAUUAGCUAUUUAUUUUUAUUGGUCUAUUUAUAAUUUAUAAUGGCAGUUUGUAAAAUUUAAUAAUCCAUUGGAAGUUUGUUUACAUAAUUAUUAUGAUAUAAAAAGCUAUUAAAACAGUUAUUGAGUUGCAGCAAAGAAAACGGGCUCUGUCCGUGUUGGGAAAAUUGAAACCAUCUCUAAAACCUCUAGCAAUUUUUUUUCAAUAAAUAAUUUUCAACAAG